AUGGAUAGAAAGAGAAAACACGGCAGUCCUGACACCUCUCUUUCUCUUAGACCCAUACCACCCUCUUCCCCAUCAUCUUCUCUCUCAAACGUCCCUCAACUCCACGUCCCUCCUACCAUCCAGACAACAUUCACCGAACCGCUGUCGAGGGAAUACCAAUCUACCAUCUCCACCGUCCAUCACCAAAACCCAUCUAACUACAUACCUCCUUCCCCAGAAGCUGUUGGACAGACCCCAUCCACCGAAUUAACGUUGCAACACCCACCCACAACCUCCACCACCGCAUUGCCGCAGCGGCAAGUCCCAUUACCUCAUCCAUCCAACUCCACCGGAGUGGCGGGCCGUCAAGAUCCAUCCGCAUCCAAUGUAGUAGUAGCUCAGCAAGCCCCCCCACCGCGCCGACGCACCACACGCACUCGCCACAAAUCCACCCAAGCUCCACGCGUCGUCAAGGACAUUCACGUGCCUCCCCCAUUCCAGUGGGCCACCAACCUCCGUGCAACCGUUCGCAGCCUCAACGACCUUAGAUCUCUCGGCAUCCUUACAAUCCAAGGCGAGGUGCAAUGCAAGCGAUGCGAGGGCCGAUAUGAGAUCGGUUUUGAUCUCAAUACCCAAUUUCAGGAGAUUUCUCAAUACAUAAUAAAUAACAUGGAUGAUAUGUAUGCUCGAGCUCCCAAGGAGUGGAUGAAUCCAAGGCUGCCGGAUUGCAGGGUAUGCCAUCAGACUGACUGUAUGAAGCCUGUGAUCUCACCAAAGAAGCGCUCCAUCAACUGGCUCUUCUUGUUUUUGGGAAAGAUGAUAGGCUGUUGCACCAUUAAUCAGUUGAAGUAUUUCUGUAAGCACACAAGGAUCCAUCGAACGGGUGCAAAAGAUCGGGUCCUCUAUAGUACGUAUGUUAGCCUAUGCAAACAGCUCGAUCCAAACGUCUUUGAUUAA